CCGGGACUCCUCCCUCUAUGGUUCUCGUUGUUGGACAAAGGUUUUUGUUUCGAGAUAUUCAGCGUUUAAGAAGUGUUUGAGAAAAGUAGAAGAUAACUCUUCAUGUCAUGGAGUUUAUUAAAGACGAGCCUGAAGACUGGACUGAUCCAGAGCCCCGCAGAGUGAAAGAUGAAGAAACUGAGGAACUAAUAGGCCUGAUGGAAGUGAAAGAGGAAAGCCAAGAACUGUAUGAAGUUGAGGACAACCACUAUUUCCAGACACCUGAAAAUUUGAUAGCUGAAGAAAAACCUUUAACUGACUAUCAGUGUGAAAAUCUUUCACAAGCAGGACGCCUUAAAGAUCCCAUUAAAAGUCAUACCAGAAGGAGGCCUUUCACAUGCCAUCAAUGCGGAAAGAGUUUCGCAAAUAGAGGGCAACUUAAUGUUCACAAAAAAAUUCACUCUGAAGAGAGACCUUUCACUUGCCUGCAGUGUGGAAAGAGUUUCACAAAUAAAGAAAAGCUUAAGUGUCACAUGAAAACCCACGCUAGAGAGAACCUUUUCUCGUGUUAUGAGUGUGAAAUGAGUUUCACUAGCAAACUAGCUCUUCAGAAUCACGUAAAAACUCACUCUGGAGAGAGGCCUUUCCCGUGCCACCAAUGUGAAAAGAGUUUCGAUCAUAAAGGGCUCCUUAAUAUUCACACGAGGAGUCACACUGGAGAGAAGCCCUUCGUGUGUCCUCAGUGUGGAAAGAGGUUUAUUCAUAGAGGACAUCUUAACGAUCACUUGAGGAUUCACACCGGAGAGAAGCCUUACACAUGCACUCACUGUGGAAAGUGUUUCACACAUCAAGCAAGCCUCUCCUGGCACAUGAGAACUCACACUGAAGAAACUCUUACGCGUUACAUGAGAAUGCACCCUGAAGGGAAUCCUUUCAAAUGCCAUCAGUGUGGAAAGAGUUUCCUUCAUAAAGGACACCUUAAUGAUCACUUAAGAGUUCACACUGGAGAGAAACCAUUCACAUGCCCUCACUGUGGAAGGAGUUUCAGUCAUAAAGGAUACUUUCAUGUUCACUUAAGGAUUCACACCGGAGAGAAGCCGUUCGUGUGCCAUCAGUGUGGAAAGAGUUUCACACAUAAAGGAAGCUUGAAGUGGCAUAUGAGAAUCCACACUGAAGGACUUUUCAAUUGCAAUGAGUGCGGGAAGAGUUUCGCGUAUAAAAGGAAACUUCAGAUUCACAGAAGAAUUCACACCGAAGAGAACCCUUUAACUUGCCUCCAGUGUGGAAAAAGAUUCACAUGUAACAAAAAGUUUAAGUGUCACAUGAAAACUCACUCUAAAGUCAAUCCUUACUCAUGCAAUCAAUGUGGAAAGCGUUUCAAUCAAAGAGGACACCUGAAUGAACACAUGAGAACUCACACCGGAGAGAAGCCGUUCACGUGCCAUCUGUGUGGAAAGAGCUUCAGUCAGAAAGGAACCUUUAACAUUCACCUAAGAAUUCACACCGGAGAAAGGCCGUUCACGUGCCAUCAGUGUGGAGAGAGAUUCAGUAAGAAAGGAACCUUGAAUGUUCACCUGAGAUCUCACACUGCCAUCAACCUUGCAUGCCAUCAAAGUGCGCAGAGUUUAAUUCAAAAAGCGCACCUUAAUGAUCAUAUAAGAAUUCACAUUGUAGACAGGCCAUUCACAUGCCAUCACUGCAAAAAGAAUUUCAUUCAUAGAGGACACCUUAAUGAUCACCUGAGAAUCCACACCGGAGAGAAGCCUUACGCGUGCCAACAGUGUGGAAAGCGUUUCACACAUAAAGGAAGCCUUACGUGGCACAUGAGAACUCACAAUGAGGAGGAAGUUUUCGCAUGCCACCUACAUACCUCUUUGAGUUUUGAAAGUAGCGGAGACAGCAGCACUGAAUAA